ACGGUAAUGGAAAUCAUCGAAAUAACGCAGUAGUAUCGUCAACGCGUCUCCGUUUCAGUACCUGAAAUAUAUAUCAACAAGAAAAUGGGUCUGCUUGCGAUUUUACGGAAAUUACGAACAAAUCCUGAUAAAGAGCUGCGAUUGUUACUGUUGGGUCUGGAUAAUGCCGGAAAGACGACUAUCUUGAAAUCUUUGGCAAGUGAAGAUAUCACGCAGGUGACUCCAACGCAAGGUUUUAAUAUAAAAAGUGUUCAGAGCGAGGGUUUUAAAUUGAACGUUUGGGAUAUUGGUGGAGCUCGAAAAAUUCGACCUUACUGGAGAAACUAUUUCGAAAAUACGGAUGUACUUAUUUACGUCGUUGAUAGCGCGGAUAUCAAAAGGCUGGAGGAAACGGGACAAGAAUUAUCAGAACUUCUACUGGAAGAAAAGUUACGAGGAGUGCCAUUGUUAGUAUAUGCGAAUAAACAAGACUUAGGUCACGCCGUGACGGCAGCUGAAAUAGCGGAGGGUCUCGGUUUACACAAUAUCAAAGAUCGUGACUGGCAAAUACAAUCGUGCAUCGCUAUUGAGGGCAAGGGCGUGAAAGAAGGUUUAGAGUGGGCAUGCAAGAACAUUAAAAGGAAAUAAUGAGAACGCCAUGGAAGUCAAAUAAUACGAUCGACGAUUUAUGCCACAUUAGGGCGCACGAAAGGAAACAAUUAAGGCUUACACCAUCCCCAUUGUACAUUUUACACAUGAUCUUUAUUUAUCUUUUAACUACUAUUUACAAAAAAAUUACCGAAGACAUUGUUAUUUAUGGAUUCGGUAUGAAGAUACGAAUGUAUCGUACGCAGGUUUCAAAGCCGUCGUCAUAUCGAACAUAUCCAGUUGUCGGACUUCCGUCCAUUUCGGACUCGAGAAGUUCUAUUUUUCGCAGAAAAGAGAGUCUGUAAUAGCGAGUCCAUAAAAUAUAUACUGCAAUCUAACGUGCCUUCUUGCUGUUUUAACUUAUAUAUAUAGAUUAGAAUUUUUAUAGAUUUAUCUAGUGAGAAAUAAUAAAGAGAUGGAACAAGA